GGUAGUUCGCUGUCGACCAUUGGUGUCAGCUGGUGGUUUCGUCAGAUGGUAUCGUGAAUCCUAUAAUAUCACAUCGAUCACCGUGCUGAAGAAAGAGAUUCAAGAUGAGCGGAGGAAUGCCAGAAUUGGGCUCGAAGAUUAGUUUAAUAUCGAAAGCAGAUAUUCGUUAUGAAGGCCGACUUUUUACUGUUGAUCCUCAAGAAUGUACGAUUGCUCUAGCUAAUGUACGUUCUUUUGGCACUGAAGAUAGAGAAACUCAACUUCCAGUGGCUCCACAAAAUCAAGUAUAUGAAUAUAUUCUAUUCCGUGGUUCAGAUAUUAAAGAUAUUAGAGUUGUCAACAAUGUCAGUUCUAUUCCAAAUGAUCCAGCCAUUGUGCAGAUGACGGUACAACCGUCUAUGAGCCAGCAAUCAUACCAGCCACAACCUAGUUAUGCUCAUCCAAUGAUGGGCCCAAUGGGUGGACAAUAUGGAACACCCUAUGGCAUGACAAUGGGCACCAUGGGACCUGUAAUGGGAAUGCCAACUUCUGCUAGAGAUCCUCGUGGACCAAUAAAUAAACAGCCAAGUGAGUUGAGCUUGGGCUCUGCUGAACCCAAUGCCAUCUCUAUCCCAAACUCACUACCGACGGCCAAUGUCGACCCAUUACCAAAAGACCAAUCUCUGGAAGAUGGUGUUUUAGAUCUGAUUAGUGGAGGUUCACGAUCAACAACUCCAACUUCCUCUUUAUUGACGCGAAAGAGUCCAACUAUGGAUCAGGGUAUCCAGGUGGGCCAUCAACAACAGCAGCAGCAACAACAGCAGAGUGGAAAUGUUGGCAAACUUGGUGAAAAGACAAAUAUGCGAACUAUUCAACCUGCUCGGCGCGAUCACGAUAGCCAUAGCGGCAAUAAAGCGGGAGGCACUGUAUCUCAAUAUAACGAAGGAAAGCGUGAUACAAUGAAACAAGAUGGUCAACUGCAAGGACAAGGUAGUCAUAAUCAAGGUGGUCGAGGAAAUCGUGGUGGAUGGAUGAAUCGUGGAAAUAUGCGUGGAAGAGGAAGAGGUCGCGGUGGUUUUAGAAAUCAGCCUGGUAAUACUGGUGCCAAACCCAAAAAUACACUGAAAUUCGAUAAUGAUUAUGACUUCGAACAAGCUAAUACUGAAUUCGAGGAAUUGAGAUCUCAGUUAGCAAAAACGAAAAUUGAUGCUGGUGCUGAUAACGAAAAGAAAGAUGACAGCGGUAACGAAACAGGAGCCGGUGAAGGAGAACCCGAGGAAGAACCCGAGAUAGUUCAUUAUGACAAGUCAAAAUCUUUCUUCGAUAAUAUCAGUUGUGAAGCUGUUGAGAGGAGUAAAGGACGAUUCCAACGUACGGACUGGAGGACAGAGCGUAAAUUGAACUCUGAAACAUUUGGUGUAGCGUCAACGAGACGUGGUGGUUUUCGUGGACGCGGUUACUAUAAUCGUGGUAUGGGAGGCAUGUAUCGAGGUGGUGGUGGUGCAGGUGGUUCUGGCUUCCGAGGUGGUUAUAGAGGUUCCAGAGGUGGAAAUCGUAAACCCGGUAAUCAGCAGCAACAGAAUAAUCCUGGCAGUCAAAACCGUACGACCAACGAACAAUCUACUACUCAGUCGCAGCAGAAUAGUCGCGUUGUAUCUUUUUGAAUGAACAAUGCACUAUUAUAUGUAUAAGUAUUCACUCUAGAUUAAGAUUUUUACGAUACAUGCUCUGCCCUUAUGGACUGAUUUGAAUCGAGUCUCAAAUGGAUUCAAUGACUCAAAGGAACAAAGGAAAAAAGGAAAGAAGAUAUUUAAGAGAACUUUACCGUGAACUUUUUGAAUUGUCAUGCAGGAACGUAGGGGACUAAUCAAUGCUUUGCAGAUCCUGUGUUUAGAGUUUCUGGACAAAUAAUCUUGUUGUUACAAGUAGUUAAUUUUCGAAAACUCGAUAUUCAAAGCCAUUAUGUCCUACGAAUUAAGGAAUCGUCGAAUGCUUCUGAAUGUAAUUCAGUACAAUACACGCCAGGCGGUAGAAUAUUUGCAAAAGAAUGUAUACAAAGCAACAAGUUUUAAAUUUUCUGUUAAUCUUUUUUUUUUGAACAUUAUUAAUUUAUUCGACAAGCAUGCAACUACGAUUAAGUGAACAAUAAGAAUGUAAUGGGAACUUUUGUAAUACAAUGUAAAAGAGUAGCACGAAACGAUUUGAAGGAAGAUGGCGAAGACGAAGAAGAAGAUGACUAAUUAAUUUUUCGCGUUGCGAUGUUUUUUGUAACGAAACACAUAAAACAUUAACUGUUCUUUACAGAUUUUUUGUGAGUAAAAAAUGAAACAAAGAAAGAUUAGAAAAAGAGGAAAUGGAGGAAUAUGCAUAAAAUUGCAGAGUAGAGUAGGACAAUAUAUUAUGGUUAUUUGGAACAGUCAAAACUUUAUUUAUUUAUAAUGACCGUGUAUGCGAAUUAAGCUGGAAUAAUUAUUUUACUCACAUAUUUACCAGGGGGUUUUGAUUUUCGAACAGGAACGUUGAAUUGUUCCUUAUAUAAAGAAAAAAAGAAAAAAAAAAGAUUGAUUUUGUAUGAUUCAUAGAGAUACGCGUGCGCAUGCGAAGCCGAAUCGUACAUCGAUUGUAUUGACUAUUAGUUUUUGAAAUAUUGAACGUAGUAUGCUAGUGAAAGAGAAAAUGUGAGUGCGAAUGCCUUCUUGUAAUUCGACUGCGUUUAAUAGCUCCGAAUUUCGAAGAAAUCGUUUGAUGUACGAGAACGUUCUCGCGCUGUCGCGGAUAGCGUUGCGAGAGUAAGACUCUAAAAACAUGAUAAUGUCCUUAACAAUAUAAGACGCAAACAAAAAACAAAGGCAGAAUAAGUAUAUUAUUUGCGACUGUUAUUUUCUUAUGGCUCAUAUGGAGUCCCAAGCGUAUACAGAUAUAUACAUACAUAACAUGAGAUUUAGUUACAUAUAAAUCGAAAAUCUCCAUAAGCUACCAGUAAAGUUGCAAAGUAAGGUAAAACUACAAAAAAAUUAUAAAGCAUAUAUGAAUAAAGAUAAGUAAAAUAAGAAGGAAUAUGGGGAAAGAAAAAAUAUAACUUUUAAGUUUUAUGCAUUGCGUGUGUAAAGAAAUGCACAGUACAUGCGGUUUUCCGAUGAAGAAUUUUUGUUUUGUACAGCGGAUAUUGUGAUUCCCAAUGCUGAAUAAUACUGAAGUAAUAAAAUAAUGUUUGUUGUA